AGAAGCAAGAUAGGGUAGAGGACUGAACCUUGAGUCCACCCCUUUUUGCUGACUAUUUUGCUGCUCUUCCCUGUUCAGCCUCUCCUUUUUGUGAGAAACUACUGAAUGUGGAAGAAAGGCUCCACAUCUCCGUAGUCAUGGCACUCUUUUCUUCCCUCACACCAGUAUUUAUAGCCAUUAUAUGUGUUUUGAUUGGGGUAAUAAUGAAGAAGACAAAUGGAGAGAAGGAAAAACGUGAUGCUAAAAGCAAGCAUCCAUCUCGCCCAUGGGUGGAUGAAGAUUUAAAAGAUGGCACUGACCAUCCCUUAGAAGAAGAAGAGGGUGAGGAAGAGUGGCAAGGACUUGAAGAAAACGUUGCCCACAUCCCCUUCACUGGCGAGCGCUACUCUGAGGCUGAAAUGAUUAAGAGGUCACAGACAUUCUAUGAGCUUCUAAACAAGAGGCGAUCUGUCAGGUUUCUCAGUGAUGAGCCAGUCCCCAGGGAGGUUAUUGAUAAUGUCAUCAGAACAGCAGGUACUUCACCUAGUGGAGCACACACUGAGCCCUGGACCUUUGUGGUAGUGCAAGAUCCGUAUUUAAAACAUAAGAUUCGUGAAAUUGUAGAAGAAGAAGAGGAAAUCAACUACAAAAAAAGGAUGGGAGACAGAUGGGUUAAUGACCUGAAAAGACUGAGAACAAAUUGGAUCAAAGAGUACUUGGACACUGCUCCAUAUCUGAUCCUCAUUUUCAAGCAGGUAUAUGGGAGGCUUCCAAAUGGCAAAAAGAAGACCCACUACUACAAUGAAAUCAGUGUUUCCAUUGCCUGCGGUAUCCUGCUUGCUGCACUGCAGAACGCAGGUCUGUACACAGUGACCUCCACGCCCCUGAACUGUGGCCCCCAGCUCCGGGUGCUGCUCCAGAGGCCGGCAAACGAGAAGCUCCUGCUGCUGCUCCCCGUCGGCUAUCCCAAGAAAGAUGCCACCGUGCCUGCGCUGACACGGAAGCCGCUGGAAGACAUCAUGGUGGUCAUGUGAGCCCAGUGCCAGGAGCAGGAGAGUGACCCUGCUGACAGCUGCAGUUGUCACUGCUGUUUCUGUUAUCAUCCCCCUAUGCCGCUGUUGCUCUGGCUGUUUACACCUCUAUUUCUUUUAAUGCUAUUAAUCUACUAACAGCAGUGAGCAGUCAAGCACUGUGCCUUGGACAGCUGCUGUUACCUAUCUGGCCAGGGCAUUGUUCCAGGGAAUAUGUACAAUGGCAUUUAAAUGAUCUCAUCGCUUGGUUUUUCUCAUGCAUUUUGGGGACGAAUCUCUUCUUGAACUGGAAUAUAUGUUUUCUUUAUACUUCUGUGAUUGCCAUUACACACUUAUUUUAAGAAUUUUAAUGAAGAUUAUAUUAAAAGAUACAAAGAGGUCAAACUGAGCUGUCCUAUCUUGGCCAGUGUGUGCUGUUUAAAUGCCCCUUCCCCUUUACUGUGUUCAGCUGUGUGUGAAAAGAUGGUAUUUUUCUCCUAUAUGGUAGGAUUUCUCUACUUAAUUGAUCUCAAAAACUUUCUCUGUACCAGGCUUUCUUAAAUUACUGCAGCUAUGAGUGUCUCAGGUCGGGGGAAAUUUAGUAGAAACAAGGCAUGCAAAUAAUUUGCUUGUUACCAUUUAUGUGUACGUGUCCCGGACACAGUUAGAUCAUGUGGUAGCUAUCAUUCAUGCCCCCGGUACUUUGCUGCUGCCUCUGGAAGAAGCGCAGAGGGAACAACUAUUCUGGUUAUCCUGUUCAUACCUACAACUAUACCAGUUUAACACCCUAAAACCGGGACUCCUUUAGAGACCCUGGCACGUGCGAGGUGCCUCCACGCCAGCCGCAGUCCGGGAUUUGGGAGCGGCGCGCUGGAAGGGCGGGCGCUCCCAUGCCCGGGCGGGCAGAGCCCCCUCGUGGGGCCGCGCGUCAGAGGGGAAACACGGAGAGGGACCUUUCCUUCCUGGAAAACACUUCCCCGCCCUGAUCUCCGCUGCAGCCAGCGUCGGGCACAUUCAGCCAAAUUGGCUUCAGCCGUCCUCGAGGGAUGAGAGGCUGGAGAGCAGCACUGCAGAAAGGGCCCUGGGGGUCCUGGUCAUGGCAAGCUGAACAUGAGCCAGCAGUGUCCUGGCAGCCAGGAGAGCCAAGCCUGUCCUGGGGGCAUCAGGCACAGCAUGGCCAGCUGGGCAAGGGAGGGGAUUUUCCUGCUCUGCUCAGAGCUGGGGUGUCCUCACCUCGAGUGCUGGGGGCAGUUUUGGGUAUCAUAGGAUAAGACGUAAAGUGGUUAGAGAGCGUCCAAAGGAGGAGCAACGAAGACGGUGAAGGAAGAACCUGAGGGAAUGGCCUAAAGUUGUGUCAGAGAGGUUUAGGUUGGUAUUAGAAAGGGGUUCUUCACCCAGAGGGUGGCUGGGCACUGGAACAGGCUCCCAGGGAAGUCAUUGCAGCACCAAGCCUGAAAGAGUUCAAGAAGCAUUUGGAUGAUGCUCUUGGACACUUGGUGCGACUCUUGGGGGAUGGUGCUGUGCAGGGCCAGAAGCUGGACUCAAUGAUGCUUGGGGGUCCCUCUAACUCAGGAUAUUCUGUGUUCUGGUCAACUCACUCCUUAUCUGAAGUCUAACCUGGUCUAGUGGAAGGCUCAGCGGGGGGACUGAAAGUACAGGAUCUUUGAGGUUCCUUCCAAUUCAAACCAUUCUAUGAUUCUACAAGUCAAAUCCCAUUUACCAUUGCUCAUCAGCUGAGCAAGUGGAAGGAAUAAAGUUUUGCAGAGGUACAGAUUUUGGCUGGAUCAAUGCCUCUGUCAUCAAGUGGGAAAAACUGUCUUCUUCUUUGACAGACAAUUUUGCUGGUAUUUAGCAGACAUGGCAAUGUCUUCAUCUGGUGUACUAGCCUGUUUCACGUUCUCAGUGGUACAGCUGUGGCAGGAAGUUUCUUGUGUGGGCUUAGUCUGAAAUCAGCUCUUGUAACUACACUCAAACAAAAUCUAAAAAGGAAAAAACAACAACAAACAAACAAAACACCCCCCCCUUCCAAAAAAAAAAAAACAACAAAAAAACAACCACUAAAACAUGGAAGAAGGAAGUUCUGGGUCCUGGAUCUACAUAUCUACACACUGUCAAGGUCUAAGUCUAAAAACCAGUAAGGGGAAGAUAUGGAUGAGCUGAACCAAGCCAAGAAACCAAGGCUGAUCACCUGCAGGUGGUCAGGAAUACAUAUUAAAGUCACUGUUUCUUGUUUUCCUUCUGUGUAGAUGUUGCUCUGUGCCAUCGUGUCCCUUCACAAGCAGUUUCUACCUGCUGGUACUACUGUGUUUUAAUUCAGAGUUCACAUCAACAAAGGGAGGACUGAUUCCCUGUCAUGUUGCAAUCUUUCCUACAGAAAUAAACUCUCAUCUACAGAAAUAAAUUACUUCUGCCCGGUCUCAGUCUGCAAAAUAGAUGACAGUCAGAGAAACUUUACUAAAUGAAUUCAAUUUCAAACAGCAGGAGCUUGCAUAUAUAAGGCUAUUUCUAGUGUGAUUUCAUAACUAAAAACAAAGAACUAAAGCAGUUUAAAAAUACAUUAAAAGUUGUCACAAUAACAAGCAUUGGUGUAUACCAAUAUACCUCUUCACACCAAAGAAGCUUAAUGGUUGUUUUUUUUCUCUGAGUUCAUUCUGGACACUAAGACACACAUAGCAGUUUAAAACCUCAAGCCCUCACACCUACUAGAUGGGAAAGAUUCUAUCCAAAAAGCAUUUCUGGAAUCAUGAAAUGUAAGUAAAAUAAGCUUCUUUUUUCUUCUUCUUUUUUUUUUUUUUUUUCAUUUUCCCUCCCUUAAAAAUGCUUCUCCAAAUGGAAAUACUUCAGUAGUAUUACUACUGCUGAUGAUACUGUAGAGUCCUUUGUAAAUCAUGUUAGUACUCCUGUUGUGACAAGUCUACUUGGAAUUGCCACUGUCUUUAUUUAAAACACAAAUAAUAAUAAAUUUUGCCUUUCCAUGCAAUACACUGUUGAAUAAAGCAAAGGUUAGUAUUUAAAUUGUUUUACAUUUAACUGGGGAUAGCUGGUUGGCAUUUGUUCAAUUUCAAGGUAAAAAAUGUUUUUUCUGCUAUCUAAAUGGACUUUCCCAUGUUUUCACUAGUGUCCAUUGCCUGUUGGCCUGGUGCCACCCAUCUCCUUCCCUGUAUCUUUCCAUCAGGUAACUGCAGACAGCAACUGGCUCUCUCCAUUUCUGGGAACUUUCUUCCUUGAACUGCAUGGACAAAUCUGUGUGCAUUCAAGGACUCUCACUGUCUGAAAUUUGCCUGAAAUCGGGUGCAACACGGUGAGUUGCAUUUUGCUCUUGAAAUCAGGUGCAAGGCGGUGGGUUGCAUGACAAUCCAGAUGAUAAUUAAAGGAAUAAAUAUCACAUUUGUUGGAACCACGGCCAACUGCCCAUCUCCUCCCACUGCAAGGCUGACUGAACUGGCGUUGGUUUCAGUCUGCCCUUGAACAGGGAGCUGGAAGAUAUUGCAGCUGGGGUUCAUCAGCAGUCCAGCUGCCAUGCCAUGAGGGAAGCAUUGCUCCUGGAGCAGCGCCACCUUACCCACUCCACCGUCUUCCUUUCAAAACAGGUGAGCCCGAACCUAAAUGAUGCUACUAGGAAUUUUUUGAACUGAGGACUCUGUUCCACUGGUCUAUGUGCCUAUCUCCUCCAUAGCUAUGUGAUCAAGUUCAAGAUUCCCCUAAAUUAGCUGGGCUGUAGUAACCAUCUGAGUGCUCUC